CGGAGGAGGAGGAGGGGGGUUGGUCCGGGAGAGCAUGGCAGCAGGAGCCACUGCGCGGCUGACUUGGUUUGCUUCCCCCAGAUCCACAGCACCGCGUUUCGUGCGCUCUCGGUUACGUGGCGGAGCCGCUCGUCAGGAGGACGUUUGACCCGCAGAACUGGUGCGUUUUACGCGCGGCGGAGAGGCUCGUUUCACUGCUGCUGUUGUUCAGGAGAAGCUCGGGCUGCUGCCGGGAGCUGAAGGUUUCUUUUUGCUGAUCGGAACAGGAGGAGAGAGAACCCGGAGCGGAGAGAGAGAGAGACAACACCAGGACUGCGUUUCUGUGUUUUAUUUUUAAAAUUCUGCACUGAGGAACAUUUCUUCUCUGUUUUAUUUUCCUCUGCGCACCACAGUGUUGCCUCCUGUUUGGGGAAAUUUAAAUGCGAGUUGGAGAAAGUGUGGAGAAACUAACCCGGAGGAGGACUGACCGCCGUGUUGUGUCUUUACGAGAAGAGUUUCAAGCAGAAGAAAUGAUCUGACUGUUUAACUCACUAUUAAAAAGAAGAGAAAGAGAAGCUUUAAUCGAGCUCAACGCAGAGGAAGAAGCUUCAUCUGUGAGGGGGAAUUUAAAAAAAGAAAAGUGGACUGUUAUCCCAGAACGUUUAAACCUGAACCAGGAGAAUCGAUUUUCGCUUCCAGAGCAAAUAUGCCGCAGGUGGAAAUGAUCCUCUUCCUCCUCCUCAUCUUUGGGAUGUGUGUGUACGGCCAGGACCCGGCUUCCAAGGUGGUGUCCGACCGAUACGCCGUCUUCUGGAACCGGACCAACCCCAAAUUCUACCGGGGUGACUACCACAUCGAUGUCUGCAUCAACGACUACCUUGACGUCUACUGUCCACACUACCCCAGCCCGGUUUCAGACGACCGGGCCGAGCGCUACGUCCUCUACAUGGUGAACUACGACGGCUACAGCUCCUGCGACCACACCGCCAAGGGCUUCAAACGCUGGGAGUGCAACCGGCCUCUGUCGCCAAAUGGACCACUCAAGUUCUCUGAGAAGUUCCAGCUCUUCACUCCGUUCUCCUUGGGCUUCGAGUUCCGCCCCGGUAGAGAGUAUUACUACAUCUCCUCCAUCACUGACGACAAAGGAAGACGGAGCUGCCUUCGACUCAAAGUCUUCGUCAGGCCUCAGAGCAAUUGUGUGAAAAGCUCCGGCAGCGUGCAGGAAGGAGUCGACUUUGACGAAAACAGUCACAACUCUCUAGAACCCAGAGAUGGCAUCAGCCAUGAGUCUCCAGAACCAGCAAGGCGGGACGUGAACUCUGCCGGUCGACACCAGACUUCGCUCGUCCUGCUCAGCUUUGCCCUCAUAUUGCUGGCGGCCAUCUUGUCCUUAUAGCGCCCAGUGGUGGAAACUCCCCCCCGCCUCCAGGAAUGGACUGUCCUGAUUGGACCACAAGCCGCUCUACCCUGCAACCCCUCCCCUCAAGGAGCACUUUUUCAAAAUCAAAAACACUGACAAUCUCUCUCGGUGAAAAAAAGAGAGAGGAAGGGACUUCGACACCGAAGCUUUUUGUUGUUUUUUUUUUGUUUGUUUUUUUGACUUUGUACAAUGCCUAGCGUGAUUCUUGACUUUCCGGUGGGUGCCGACGGUCGAGGCACCCCGAGGUGAAAGCGUCUCUUGCCUGUUUUGCCUCGCUACCGUUCACAGUAUGCAGAUAAUACACCAAUUUAUUUGUGUUUAGGGCAGGCACACGCUUUUAAAAUGUUUAAAACACACGGAACACAAACUACACAAUCAGACACUCGUUAGCUCAAAUGGAAGCACAGCAGGAUCCCUCAAAAGUUUACAGAUUUCUUUUUUUUUGUGUUCAGGACCAUCGCAUAACCUCCGACGUACAUGUAACAUGAUUUAAUCUCACUACAAAGCGGACGAAGAUUUUUGAAAGAAGAUUUGGAGCGAUAUGGAAAACAAGGAAGGAUGCUGUUGCUAGGAGACUGUUGCUAAGGAGCAUGGGACAAUGAUGAUUUAACCUUUCUCUCAGGUUAAUAAAAAAAUGGAUGCAUCAGACUGUGGAGGACCCUGGUUGAAAGAGAGAAAGAAAAAAGAAGAUUUAAAGAAGCACUCAUCUUUUAGUGUUUGGAUAGAAGCGAUUUAAUGAUCGAUUAAUGUAUUUGUUUUUUGUUUUUUUUUAAAUAAAUCACGUAAUUCAAUUGUAGCAGCCAACACGGGUGUACAGUAAAAUAUUUGAAUGGAACGUUAGAAGUCGACAUGGUCUUUUGCCAGGUAAAAAAAAAGUAUUUUCCUAUUUAUUGUGAAGUCCUUGUGCUUUUUCUGUUCCAGUUUAGUCUGCAAGUACAGUAGAAAGGCAAUAAAAAUACCCAUUAGUUCAUAUUACACACAAAAAAUACACAGUUUCUGUUUUGACUGAUGGCUGAUGAUGUUUUUUUAAAAAUAGUUUUAACAAAAGUCCAGGAAAGAAGAAGAAGAAAAAAAGAUGAUCAGGGUGUAGAAGUGGUAGAAUAUUUGUGUUUGGAAUUUGUCAUUAACGAAUGUUCACAAAUGUAGUUUUACUGUUACACUAUUUGUUUUUGUGAAUCACUGUCAUAACACAACUGUAAAUAGAGGCAAAUUUCCUACAAAGUUCAGGGAUGUGUCCAUGAAUACAUGAGGUUAAAAAAAAUUGUUUUUUUUUUAAAUGAGGGGGAUUUUCUUUCCUGAAUAAAAUGAGUCUUCGGUGGUUGAAAGAUGUUUACAGUGAGACGGUGCAGAAGCAGGUGUUGGUUAGCAUAAAGGUGGUUUGUUGUUGCCCUCUUUGAUGUCGUUUAAAGUGGCGUCUGCUGCAGAAAAUACACCGGGGGCGCCCUCGUACCGGUUAUUUCUGGAGUGAAAAAUCGACCACCGGGGCAGACGAAGUAAACAGAGGGAGGUGUCCGGUUCUCUUGGGGCAAAAUUGAAACUCUACCGCUGGUGGACCUGAGUGAGAAGCCAAGCUAUGUAGAGCUCCUGCUGAGAUCAAUACUCUUCUUCUGCUGCUUCUUCUUUUUUUUUUACCCCCAUAUACAGUAGGAACAUGUGGUCAAUAUAUCUUUUACACCUUCAGUUUGACUCCUGAUUGGUUCAAAGCAGUGUUAGGGCCACUUCUGGUGAAAAAAACUACAGAAAUGUUGAAAGAAAAGAUCACAAGAGGAAACCGCUGCACAUUCAAAAACAACAGUACUCAUUGAACUAAGGUGUCAUUUUACAAAAAUAUCUAAAUAUUAUGAGGAUUAAAUCAUAAUUUAUGGAAAAGUCUAAUGUAAUGCCACAAAAAUUAAUAUUCAUUUUAUGGUAAACAUUAUCAGAAAACCAUUUUACAAGAGCAAAGUUUAAUGUUUCUUUAUCAAUCAGAUUUAGAAGCCAUAGUUUUAAGAAAAAAGAGUCCUAGUGUAAAAAACUACAGCGAAAUAGAUGGAAAGGUAUGAGAAAAAUCUGAAUAUUAUGGAAUAAAAUUGUAAUUUUACAAUAUAUGCUAUGGAUUAUUAUAAAAAAUAGCUGAAAACAUAUUGAUAAUAAAGUCAGACACUUUAAAUAAUACAUAUGUGACUGUUAUAAAAGUAAAUAAUAUGAAAUCUAUGACAGUUAUUUGUAUAAUAACUAUUAUAAUACUGCAACUUUUAUCUUCAGAUUUCCUAUUCCCUCUAACAGUGAUCCUAAUACUCAGUCACUGAUUUUGUCAGAGAGGAAAAUUUGUCAUUAUUUGCUCCGUUAAAGGGCCACUUCAAUGAUUUAAUGUGGCAAAAACUGAAAAAAGAAACCAAGGUGUCAUGAGUUUUAGCUUUAAGAACAGGUUUCUUUUUUCUCUCAUUGUAUUAAAUAUGGAAAAAAUACAAAUUUCACACCUUUAGAUCAUUUUGUAAACUGAAGCUGAUGUGUCGUCCCUUUAAAAACUGAUUUAUGCUCUCCGUUCACAAAUAUAUCCUUUAAAUGACAGCAUUCUGCAUAUUAUGACAUUUAUUUCUACCCUCGUAUUGGAUUAUUUCUGAUAAAGCAUUAAUAACCAAACAUUAAAUCUAGUCUGAGAGUGCAGGAAGUUGAAAAAGUCCACAAAUUUUAAAUAUGAGAUGAUUAUUUAUGAAUUUAAGAGAGUGAAUUAGUCAUUUUCAGCACCUGAAUCAGUGUUUGGGGCUUUUAUUUUGAAGGUAUGAAGAGUUUUCAUCUUUUGUGCAUUUAACUUCUGCAAAAACCUUAAAAGUCCACUGUCACCGAACGCAUUGCCUCCACCGCUUUAAGAAAAAACCCAAUCAGUUGGUUUUGUGGAUACCGUGUAUCCAGCAGUUAGCCUGAUACAGUGUUAGAAACUUUCUCCUGUUUUUAGUUCUUUUCUUUUCCACACGUCUUUUUGAAGGGCGAUUUAACUGACACAUUAAUGUUCUUAGCAAGAAAAAAACAGUUUGAUACAAAACAUUAAAAAAACAAACAACAGAAAUGCUGAAUUUUCAUUUUAUAUGUCUUUUAUACGAAACAGGAAAUCAAAAAAACAAAACAGGAUGCACCCUCUAUCUGUAGGUGUUUCAUAUCGAACACGCAGAAACGGUGGGUUUACAAUCAAGACUCAAAAGGGCCCGAAGAAGGAAGGAACAGACGGAUCUCCAAGAGCUAGAAAAUCAGUUGUCUUUGGUUUUUUUUAUUGUACGGUUGCAUCCAAAGUGUCUUUACGGCGCAGGAUGCUGUUGAUCUUUUGCUUCUGUUCGCCUCCAGCUGCAGUUAAAGUCACCGUACGGACGAUUAAUUAAAGCUCGAUGUGUUUGUGGCAGAAGAAGAAAGCUGCUUCUUCUUCUUCACCUGAUGUCGGUACCAUGUAGCCUGAAGCUAGCACCACUGUGUGUUCUCCAUCCUCUGUAUUUAAAACCAGAUGUGUGCUUUUGUCAGUGCAUCUAGCGGUGGGAAGCUUUUUGUUUAACUUUAGCCACAACUGUGUUAUUUUUUACUCUUUAUGUGCCACAAAAACUGCACAUUUCUGUUGGUAGUAUCUGUACCUUGUGCCUAAAUGAGUCCCAUCCUCUCUAUUCUAAUGUCUGUUUCCUGCUCAAUCCCUCACUAGACUUUUCUACAAAAAGGCCAUUUUCUUUGUAAAUACACGUGUUGGAGCAGCUAUGACUAACUAAAAGAAACAACAAAAAAAUGGAUUUAAUAAAUAUUUCUUUGUCGUUGUA